ACUUGCAGCGUUUUGGGUUAUUGUUUACACGACGCCCGCCGCAUAGCCACCGUCGUUAGCGCGCUACGCUCCGCUUUGCUUUAAUACGCUGCAUUCACGAAAUAAAAUUCACACUUUCGGGCGAGCUACUUAAGAAUACCGACGGGACAGCGGGGCGUAUGAAAGACAGCGGCUAGUUACUUUAUAAACUGUGUGUGCUUAUGUAUGCAGCGGCUGUUUUAAGAUCCCAUUAACAGGCGAUUAUAUUUAGAGCAAAUAUACGACAAUUCUACAAAUGCGACAAUAAGUAACAUACAUACGUACAAUGUAAUAAGACGACGCGACGCGAGUAAUCAUACAUAAUACUUAUAAGAGCAGCGCUUACUCGAUGACACGAUCGGCUCAACAACAAAAAACAGUCAAAUUGAGCGGGAGCAGGUCAGACGGCGCAUAACGAAACGUGCAUUUUACCGCAAAGUUCAAAAGCAAAACAACGCGUGAUCGGAACGAAACCGUGCGGAUCACCAAAUGCGAUCAAUGUGAACAAAAAUACGUAUUAUAUAUACACAAGUGUCGAAGAGAUUAAUUUAUCAUAAAAAUAUACUCGUAAAUCUAGGUGUUUAGAAAGCAAGAAGAAAGUGUGUGGAAAAGUUUGAAGUUUUUAUAAUAAAAAGGAAAGAAAAUAAAUACUAAACAGUGCCAUUUAAAGUAGAUCACUACUUAAUAAAUAUUAAAAAAAAAUAAAAUAUAAUUUAAAAUACAAAUUUUUAAAGCUUAAAAAUAAUCAUAAAAACACUAAAACAUGUCGAACUACGAUAGUGGCACCAAGUCACAAAUGUUGCCACAGGAUGCCACACAAAUCAUUAUGGAAUCGGCGAAACCGUUCACCAGCGAUGCGCUGCGCCGCAAAUCGACACCACACACAGUGGGCGGUAAAAUGAAAAAGGCGCUACGCAGUCGUCUGGAAAUACUCAAUUGGAUUGGUGAUUAUAACACGGAAUGGGCCAUGAGUGAUUUAAUAGCGGGUAUAACACUCGGUCUAACCAUCAUACCCGAGAGUAUUGCCUGCGCACUGCUAGCCGGUCUACCUGCACGUUAUGGUCUGUGUUCGGCGUUUUUGGGUUCCUUCGUCUAUCUGAUAUUCGGUUCGAUAAAUAAAGUGAUCAUUGGUCCUACCAGUCUGGUGGCACUGGUCAGUUUGCAAUUCACUGUCGGCAAGCCAAUUGAAUUCGCUAUAUUGCUCACCUUCCUCACCGGCGUUGUGGAGCUGAUAAUGGGUUCGUUGCGAGUGGGUGUAAUAUUCGAAUUCCUCUCAGUGCCAAUCAUUAAGGCUUUCUCCUCAGCCACAGCUAUACUCGUCAUCGAAUCACAGAUCAAAGUUAUGCUGGGUGUCAAGUAUCUCGUGUCGGGGUUUAUUGCAUCUGUUGGCACGCUUUUACCCAGACUGCCGGAAACCAAUGUUGGCGAUCUCGUAAUGGGUCUGUUUGCGGUUUGUUUUCUGCUCGGCGUUGAGCAAUUGGAAAAAUUGGCGAAUCAUCCAAAAUUGAAUCCGAAAGUGAGCACCAUACUGCGUUAUUUAUCAUUCUCACGUAAUACUUUGGUCGUUAUAAUCACCGGCGCUGUUUCGUACAUUUGGCUCAGCGAGGAAAGCUCUGUACCAUAUGCGCUGAGCGCCAAUGCACUGUCAGGACUACCCAACUUUACGAUUCCAGAGUUCUCAGUGGAAACACCCGAAAAAACAUAUACAUUUGUCGAUAUGUUAGCCGAAUUGAAUGUUGGUAUUAUUGUUAUACCCAUCAUUGGUAUACUCACCAAUAUCUCAAUUGGUAAACUGACUCCCAAGGGCAUGGUCGAUGCUAAUAAGGAAUUGAUUACUGUUGGUUUGUGUAAUCUUGCGGGUUCCUGCGUACAAUCUAUGCCUGUUUCAGGCGCUUUCUCACGCUAUGCCAUCAGUAAUGGUUGCGGGCUCAAGACGCCUAUGGCCAAUUUGUAUUUAGGUGCCAUUGUGCUGCUGGCGCUUGGCUUUCUCAGUCCCUACUUCAAUUACAUACCCGAAUCAACGCUCGCCGCCAUUUUAAUGUGUUCCAUUGUCACACUUCUGGAUUUGAAGCUGCCAUGUCGCCUGUGGCGUGAUGCGAAGCGCGACUUCUGCGUUUGGGUAUUAUGUUUCACAGUGUGUAUACUGUGCGGUGUGGAAGUAGGCCUGCUGGUCAGUAUUAUAGUCACAGUGCUGCAUUUACUAUUCAUGUGGGCGCAUCCCAAGAUCUCAGUGAAAAUUGAAGAGGCCAAUGAGCUGCAGUACAUACGUAUUACCCCCGUCGGCGUCAUCUACUUCCCCGCCAUCAAUCAUUUGCGCGCCAAAGUGAUGAAGGCAUGCGAACGCGUACAAUUCAGUCUGCCCGUGGUCAUGGACUGCCACAAGAUCACCGGCAUUGACUUCACUGCGGCGAUGGGUAUCUCGAAGUUGCCCGACGAUCUGUCACAAUCGGAAAGCGGCGAUGGACCACUGUUGGUCAUACAUCGGCUCGGGGCGGAUAAACAGCGACUAAUUCAACCAUCCGCCAAGUUGAUAUUCUGCGAAGAUGACGAGCGAUUGAGCGAGUGCAUCACACAGGAAUCGCUAAAGAAUGGCAAUGUGGUGUUAAAAGAACAAGAGAAAUCUGUGAAUGGGGUGCUAAGUGAGACCCACUUAGAUUUGCAUUAUUAAAGCGAAGCGAAGAACAAGUAGAAGUAGAGCAAGACACAAAGCGCGUACGGCAAGUGGGUCUCUGUGAUAACUGGGGAAUAUCGAAAGAAGAAAGGAAGGCAUAUAAAUAAUAAUUGGGACAAAUGGAAAGCUUGGAGACACAUCAAACACACACAUAUGCCGCAACGCGCUUGUAUGGUUGUAUAAUAUUUAUGUCAUAGCUAGUGCCUAAGUAUUAGCUAGUGGAUAUAUCUAUAUUUAAGCUGUACGCCAUUGUUGUUGCCAUCGUCAAUGUUUAGCCAGAGAGUAUUGGAAUGUUUGUGUGCAAAAAAAAAUAUUAAAUAAAAAAAUGCACAAAUGUUCAUUUAGUUGUAAUUUCAGUUGAAUAAUAACAAUAGCAAAAUGUUAAUGUAAGCGCAUACAUAUGUGAUCGUAUGUAUGUAUGUAUGUAUGUAAAUAUAGUUUAUCUUACAGUAUUUGAAGAGAAGAAAGAAGAAGAAAAAAACCUAAAUAAAUU